CGCGCAUGCAAUCUUCUAUCCAGGCAGCAGGAGUGAGCUGCACAGCAUCCCGGCCCUGAGCCCCCGGAGACCCCCAGCCCCACACACAGCGCACAGGAGGCAGAGGAGAUGACUGCCGACGUGGUAUUACACGGUCGAUCCGGAGUAUGGGAGCCUGAGGCCGGCUUACAGGAGUGAUCGGUGUCUCGGCUACACACAGGCCGGCCGGAGCCCGCAUCUGUACUUGGCAAUCACUUUCUCGCCGGCGACACGUAUCUCUUACUGCCCCCAGUGCCGCUGUGCCGCCCCCCGCAGGUAUGUGGGGGAGGAUGCUCUCCGAUUACGGAUCCGGAUUCAGCAGUUUCACCCCAGGCACUGAUUUCCCUUCAUCUGGGUGGCUUGCAAGCUCACUGUGGCAUUCUUCAGUUGCCCCUUCCAGUGGCAGGAGCAGCCACACACGGAGACACAGCAUUACAUCUGACAGUGGCGAUACCGGUAUAGGAACCUCCUGUUCCGACAGCCUGGAAGACCAUUCAACGUCAAGUGCUACAUCUACAUUAAAACCAGUGCAUCCACUGGUCUGCUUGCCUACUGCACAUGUCAUGCCCUCCACGCCAAGAUCGUCCCUGCCCAGGCACAGAGAGGACAGACUCGACACCUCUUGUUGGGAUAACAGCUACCCUUUGCCUGGUACUGGAAGAACCUAUGGCCAUUUGGAAAACCCGCUUGACAUGAAGGACUCCAGGCCUAUGAAGAAAUGGUCAUCUCUCUCUAAACUGAGUACAGCGGAGGCUUUUGGUCAGGAUGGCAAAGUUGAGAAAGCAGGGACACGGCAUAGCCUCGAACGUACAGGCAGAGACGGCUCACUUUCUCAGCAGUUGCGAGCUCACGGGCCAGUUUGUCUGCACUAUAGUAUGGAGGCUCUGAAAAUGGAUGAUAAAGACCUAGAUAAAAAAGAGCUUGCAGGCAUAGACCUAAAAUAUAAGUUUGAUAGCUGCAGCAGCAAUGACCUCACUACAUCUACUACACCAAGUAGGAGGCAUACUUUGGAUUUGACCUAUAGUGCCUUGCCAGAAAGUAAGCCCUCCCCUACUGGUAAUGACAAUUAUGUGCAAAAAUACAGCCACUUUGGUUACCAGGCUGGUGCCCCACUCCAGUCCUCUUUAAGAACUCAGAUGUGGCUUACAGAUCAGCUCCAUGCAAAUAUUCAAGAGCGACGAACUCCAGAGGAAACGUGUGGUGUGUUUGCUUGGCAUCCACUUGAGCAUCUUCGUCAAGAUGCAGAGCAUUUGCAGACUGGGUCAAACUCCUCUCGAUCACCAUAUUCUGCAGUCCCCGCAGGCCAGGAUGUCUCUAAGUGGGAAUCCCUGUUGAAAAUCAAAGAAAGUUUAUUGCGACAGAAAGAGAUUGUAAUUGAAAGGCAGAGGCAGCAGAUCUGCCACCUUCAAGCCAUCAGGGGCAGCGAGCCGAGCACUUACCAGCCUGGCACCAGUCCUGGUAUGAAUGGAGACGAUGGCUACAUCCAUGGGAUGACGGGUUCUACAUGCAAACAAUUACAGAACUCGAAUCUGGACAUUUCGAAUCUCCUCCUUCGAGACAGGAGUGAACUUGAUAGAAAACAUUCUACUGCCGAAGUAGGAGCUACACAGCUCAGCGAGGUCCCAAAACAGAGCACAAGCAAAUCCAGCGAUGACUUAAAAAAGUUGGAGGAGAAGAUAAAAACAAGAGACAAAUAUAUUAACAGCCUAAGGAAAAAAUGUCAAAAAGAAAAUGAACUAAACCGGGAGAAACAAAGGCGAAUUGAAACUCUGGAGAAAUAUGUGGCUGACCUGCCUACACUUGAUGAUGUGCAGAGACAGGGAGAUAGGUUGCAGUUAUUAGAAGAGGAAAACAAACAGCUAAAGGAAAAGAUGAAGUGUCUGGAAAAACUCGCCAAUGACUCCAGAAUGCAGUGUCGGGAAAGAGAAACUCAGAUUGAGUCCCAAAAACAGAGGGAAAAAGAGCUGGUCUCCACCGUACAGAGUUUACAGCAGAAAGUUCAAAAAUGCUUAGAGGAUGGUGUGCGGCUCCCAAUGCUGGACACAAAGCAACUCCAGUCUGAGAACGAUCGUCUCAGAGAGCAGGCCGAGCGUGCCAACAAGAUCAUAGACAAUCAGCAAAUUCAAAUUGACAAUAUGACAGCAGAAAUUCAGACACUAAGAGAUAAGCUGUUCCAGGAGAGAUCGUGUGUUCUUGAACUUGAGAAAAAGGUUGCAGAGCAAGCAGAAUGCACACAAAAGCUGCACACACUUUAUCUGGAAAACCAAAUGCUAAAGGAAGAAAAUAGCUCCAUGAGUAAGCAGCUGGAAGAGUUACUCGUGUCCAGGCAGCCAUUGUCAGAGAAGAUGCCAGUGGCAGAGCAGCUGUUUAAGGAGAUGUCCUACUGUCUGUUUGACUUGAAAGCACUCUGCAGUAUUCUUAAUCAGCGAGUACAGGGCAAGGAGCCCAAUCUUUCCCUGCUCCUCGGCAUUCAUUCUGUGAGCUCCUUUUCGGAGAAUCAUGAAGCUAGCAACCACAGCACAGAGAGCCUCAGCGAGAAGCUGUCAGACGCACGUCAGUUACGGAGAGACAUUGAUGAGCUGAGGACUGCUCUGUCAGACUGCUAUGCUCAGGAUAUGGGGGAGAACUGUAUUACCCAGUGAUUGGCUGGGACCUGGCACCUUCACAUUAAAUAGCUCUGCAUAGCA